AUGGCUCAUUUUCUGCGAGGGAAGCAGGCGGGAAUACAAAAAGAUUUCUCCGCGGGCCUUGAUUCGCGACUCUUCGCCAUCGACGAGGUGGCCCGAUAUGGAGUCAAUUCCCAAGUAUCCGCCAUAGCAUAUGAUCCGGUUCAGUCAAUACUUGCCGUAGGUACUAAUGAUUCGAAAUUCGGAAGCGGCCAAAUCUAUGUCUUUGGUAGAAAGCGGGUUACCGUAACUCUACGUCUCCCUCGUAAAGCUUCCGUGAAGAUCCUUCAAUUCUGCUCCGACAAGCUAGUUGCGGUCGAUAAUAAGAAUGAACUGUCCAUUUUCUCCCUCCUGAAUACGCGUAUUCUCACAUCAUACUCACCGUCCGGGUCAAUCACUGCGCUAGCAACAGACCCUACACUAGACUAUGCUUUGAUUGGCCUCCAAAAUGGCGAGGUCCUCGCUUAUGAUAUGGACCGACAGAAUCUUGCUCCCUGGCGAAUUCCAUCUCUCUGGAAGGAACAGAAUCCUAGAGCUCGUCCAACGCCUGUGGUUACCCUGGCAUUCCAUCCACGACACAUCGGCAACCUACUGGUUGGAUACGCUGAUGGAGCUAUAGUAUAUUCGUUCCAGCAGAACAAGCCGAGCAAGACAUUUCAAACUAUUCCAUCUUCGAGAGGCGUUCAAGGCUCGGCACGCUUGACACAGGCUAUAUGGCAUCCUACUGGAACUUUUGUGCUGAUCGGGCACGAGGACUCGACAUUCGUCAUUUGGGAUGUCAAAGAAGGGAGACAAAUACUCGCUCGUACUUUGGAUGCAGCCGGUCCUGGCUCGGGAACAUCUGUUCAAGGAUCAAGUAGUGGAACGAGUGUUAUUCGUGAACCGAUAUUCAAGGUCGCAUGGUGUGCCAAAGAAAACCCAGAUGAUACUGGUCUACUAGUAGCUGGAGGACGUUCAACGACAGACGUGGACAAGGGACUUAAUUUCCUUGAACUUGGUGCAACUCCUGUUUAUGCUACUUCAUCAUGGCAAGCCUUGACAGAUCAUUUUGUGAGGCCGAAGCGUCAAUUUGUGUUACCAUCCCCUCCAAACGCUCAAGUCGUUGACUUUUGCCUCAUACCGAGAAAGACACCCCACUUCGCUGGAGCAAGCGAUCCCAUAGCUGUCAUAGCGCUCCUUGCAUCUGGUGAGAUGGUGACAAUGAGCUUUCCUUCCGGCCAUCCCAUCACGCCUACAAACCAGCUUCACGUCUCUUUAACGUAUGUUCACCCAUUCGUGGACCGUAUUGCUAUGAGCUAUGUGGACCGUACCAGAUGGCUUGGACUUGUGGAAAAGCGUUUGCAAGGCCCACCAAUCUUGAAGGGUGGCGCAGAGGCCAAGCGUUCACUGAUGCGCUUUUCUCACCGUAACAUUCUUCAUACUGCACAUGCCGACGGAACAAUUCGCCUAUAUGACGCUGGACAUGGCGAUGACAUCGAAAACGAAGAUAUUCUGCAAGUGGACGUCGCUCGCGCAGUCGGGCGCUACGAUAAUGUAGAAAUCGUGACUAUGUCAAUGUCAGGUGCUACCGGAGAGUUAGCAGUAGGUCUGCGCUCUGGCGAAGUGUCUAUCUUUCGAUGGGACCAUAACCAGAAUUAUGGCCGUGAUAUACCCCACAAAGAAGCUCGAGGUUUCGGUCUCGAAGCAAUACAGGAUCGAGCGGAACCUGGCAUAAAGGAAGGUCUCUCACCAUUAGCUGUCUUUGAUCAGCAGCAAGCACCUGUGACAACUAUAAAAAUGAGUGAUGUUGGUUUCGUCUGCGCAGGAUUCGAAAGCGGGGCUAUCGUCGUAAUUGACCUACGGGGGCCUGCAGUGAUUUUCGAAACGAAUGUCAUUGAAGUGUCUUCCCACUCAGGUAAAAAGAGCAGCUUUCGUAGAUCAAGCGUCAGUCAGAGUCAAGCAACAAGAGAGUGGCCUACAAUCGUAGACUUCGGCGUCAUGAGCCUAGAAGGAGAAAAUUACUCAAGCAUCCUCUUGUUUGUGGGUACCAACACAGGCAACCUGCUGACGUUUAAGCUGCUACCCGAGUCGUCCGGUGGGUAUGCGGUUAAGAUGGCUGGACUCUGCCAUCUGAGUGACAGAAUCAUCUCUAUACAUCCCAUCAAUAUUGACACGGGGGGUCCGGCAGACGCAGCUCAAGAGAUUAUUGGUGGUUUACGAAGCGGCACCAAAGUCAAUGGAGAUGUGCUGGUCAUUACAAGCAAUGGUGCGCAUCUGUUCAGACCUCCGUCUUCGAAAGGAGCCCACAAAAGCUGGGAUACAGUUGUCUGCUAUCAAGCAGCGGUAGCUCGAUUUGAGGCACAUACAUACGCCUUAGUUGGCGUGUUCGGUGACGGAACGGCAAAAGCAUUCUCAAUUCCUGGUCUAAAGGAGAUCGCGUCUGCAGAUAUUUCUACGAUACUAGACAUUCAAAGGCUAUCAGAGGCAAUCGUAACCCCCAUCGGGUACAUUUUCGGCUGGAUAGGACCGUCUGAGGUGGCAGUGUUAAAUGUUUGGGGUACAGGGCAGGACCUGACUCGAUCGCUCGAUAGAAUAUUCAACCCGGAAUUGUCGGUCCCGCCGAGGCCUACAAUAUCAAAUCUACAAUGGAUUUCGGGCACGACGCAUGUCACCCCUGCAGAUAUGGACAAGCUGAUCGGAGGACCUGAUCGUCCUCCCUCAAAGCGCAUGCUCGAGCAGAUGCGUGCGGAUGAAAUAGCAGAACGCCAAGCUGACCGUCAGAAAACCACUAGCCCGUCAUCUUCUCAUCAAUCUGAACAACAGCAAGAGGGCUAUUGGGCUUACAUGCAAAGGCAGAUCCAAGAACGCACUGAAAAUCUAGGCUUGGCAGGCGACUCAAUGGACAAACUUGAGGAUAAUAGCUCAGGCUUCGCAAACGACGUCAACAAGUUCGUCAGAGAUCAAAAGAAAGCCGCAGUAAAAGGAUAUCUUUUAAUUGUCGGCAAAAUAUAUGAUGAUUUGAGGUGGCUGAUUCAAAUGAAACCGCUAAUCUGCUGGAUCUAG